AGAAAAUUUUUUUCCAACUGUUGUUGUUAUCAAGUUCUUUUAUUUACUCAAUUAUUCUUAUUUAUCUUUCCAAUAAGUUGAUUGAUGGAAAAAUGAUGAUGAAGAUGAAAUAGAAGAAGAAGAAGAAGAAGAAAAAAAAUGAAACAAAAAGAGAAAUUGGUGAGAGAGAAAGAGAGAGAGAGAAACUAUUUUAAGUUCUCUUUUAUUUAGGUUAAGGAGUUAACGUCCUGGUCUCUCUCCGUGUGUUGGAUCAAAAUGGCCUGUCCACUCUUGUCUAACGGGUUCCAGUUUCGAUGAUUAAAUAAUCAAAAUCCCGAUAAAGAAUGGAAAAUGAUUUGUGUGUGUUAAAUGAUUAGUUAGAUGAUUGGAGUUGAAUUAUUGUUGAUGAGAAAAUGGUGGCUACUCUCUUUCUCUAGCCAAUAUUUGAUUCAUUGUUUUUUUUUCUCCUUCUCUUUCAUCGUUUCCAUUUUCAUUUGAUUCUCUUUUUAUUUUUUGUUUAAUUGUGUCUUCUAUUGUAAACAUACAAUCUAAAUUGUGAUUUAGUCUCGCAAUUGUGUUCAUCGUCAUCAUUUUCUCAGUAUCGCCGAUUGUGAUCUUCUUGUAACCUUGUCUCUAUUUAUUUCUCAUCUUGCCUGUUUCAUGUUCUCGCAAUUGAGAGUUAAUUUACUCAAUUAACUUGUUUUUCUAUUGUUAAUUUUUCCUCUUUUUUUUCCAUCAAUUUAAUUGAUGUCCCUAGAUGAUUUACCUGAUCUUCUAAAGUUACUAAUUACUCAUCAAGUAUUUUCUCAUCUUAUCCUUUCAAUUCAUCAUCUAAAUUUGGAAUCUUCAAUUUGAUUGAGAUUUGACAAAUUGGUUUUGUCAACUUUUGGAUUCCCUCUCUUUUUUGUCGUUGUUUUAUUGCUUAAAGUUUAUUAUUUUUUUUGUUGUUGUUUCAUUGGAAUUGUUUGAAAAUGCCUUCGAUACUUAGUAAAUUGUUACCUUUUCCUGAUAUGGUUUUACAGUUUAAUUGUUACGAGGUUGGACAUACUUGGACACCAUUUUGUUCCCGUGCAGCUCUUGACAUUGGUGGUUCGGUUUUUUUUGAAGGACUUAAAAUGUACACUGGUGUUUACCUGUUUGGUCAAUUGUUGGCUCGUCGUUAUGAUUAUAAAUCGUUCCGGGAAACAGUUAAAUCAAUUUUACGUUCAUCAACAUUCCUUGGUUUUAAUGCUUUCGCAGUUCUCUGUCUAUUUUGCUUCAGCUACAGAUCCUUGGGUAAACUUUAUCUCUCACUAAUUGGUCAUGUUCCCUCAAUUAUUGGUAGUUACAUGGCGAUACACCUUGAGAAACCAUCUCGAAGAGGACCAUUGGCCUUUUAUGUCGCUAAUAUUGCUGCUGAAACUUUAUUCUCAAUCGCAGUUUCCAAUCGUAUUAUCAAACCAAUCAAAAAUGGUGAAGUUGUUUUAUUUGCAUUAAGCACUGGAAUUCUGGUUUAUUUUAUCAAGAAAAAUGGUAUUGGACAUGACAUGAUCUCAACAAUUCUUAAAUCAAUCAUUGGUAAAGAUGAAUUGGCUCGAAACAAACCGUUAACAAUUGAACGUAAAAGUGAUGAAAAAUGUGAGGAAAAAUUUGAUUCUACAAAAUCAACUCUUUCAUCAUCUCGAAUAAAUUCUGGUUGCAAUGAUAAACUUUCCAAAUCAAAUUCAAUUCGUUCUCUACUUGUUAAAACUGUCAAUGGAUUAUCUUCAUUUCUCUUUAAAAAUCAUCCAUCUUGUCCUCAUUCAUCUUCUUGUCUUCGCUAUUCAAUUACCACUUUUCUCCAACGAUUUCUCAUCGGUUGGACUGGAAUCUCAAUCAUACCGACAAUCUUACGAUCACCAUCAUCAUUAACCUCAAUGUCAAGUUUAACCAAAGGUCUUAAAGAUCGGAAAAAUAUCAACUUUGGCCUUUUCUUGGGUCUCUUUUCAUCAACCUUCAAAGCUUGUAGUUGUCUUUUACGAUGGUGGGACAAUUCAUCUAAACACUGGCACGGAACUGUGGCCGGUAUGAUUGCUGGAUCGUCGAUGGCCUUAUAUCCAAGUAAAACAAUUGCUCAAUACAUUUUCUGGAAAAUGAUGGAAACACUUUUCUGGGAAAAUGUUUCCACCGGUAAAAUUAAACACUCGGAAACAAUUAUAUGUUUAACUUACGCUCUUGCCUGUUCUCAAUUGUUUUAUGUCGCUGUUAUUUGUCCGUCUCAUUUACGUCCCAGUUACAUGAAAUUUUUAGAUCGAUUUACUCAUCAAUGUUUACGUCUUCUCAAUCGUAAUGUUAUCGACCUAUUUGGAACCAAUUCUUCCGCUGGGUUUAAAACUUUUCUCCCUGAUUUUGAUCUCAAAUAUACAAGUAGACAAUUCCAAGAAUCAGUUCUUGUCUGGACGAUACAAUAAUUCACCACUCAAUUAGUAAAGGAAAAGUUUAACGAUUAACUUGAACAAUUAGGAUAAAAUUGCAAACUGUGAUAUCUUAAUCAAGUUUUUUCUCUCUCUCUCCUUCCUUAACAAUCAAAUUUAUUUAGUUCAAAUUGAUUGCUAUGGUUAACUACUAUUGACAAACAAAAUUUACUUUACUCUUGAUGGAUUUUGUUUACUUCAAUUCAUUUACUUAAAAUCAUUCAAGUUGCUGAUGAUUGUACAAUUUGGCUAAUUGAAUAUAAAACUGGAUCUUGAAACUGGUUCAAUGAUUAACUACUUCAGAAAAAUUUAAUUACUUGACAUGGAAAGAGAGAGA